GCUAGAACAGCGCCGCCUAGAGUUGGAGCGGGAACACGAGUUCCGAAUGUUUGGAAUCUUUGCCCAGAUGCUCGGCAUCCUCAAGCAGGGAAGUGGGGCUGUCCCUGGCCCAUCAGCCCCGAUGCCCUGGCAGGGCUUUGGCUUGGCCCCUGGCAACCCCAGGGGAGCCAGAAUACCCCAGGGGCCAGAGCAGAUGUCCCAGGGCUUCUCUGGGCUGAGUAACCCUGGAACCAAACACCUUCAGGGAAGCACCUUCCUCUCCAGCCGAGGGAAUGACAUUAAAUUCAGACAUGGUGUCGCUGACGAGGGCAUCGCAGCCUACUAUGCGGACAAAUACGAUGAAGACAAAAACCCCAAUGGCAUCAUUAACUUUGGGAUCAGUGAGAACAAACUGUGCUUUGAUCUGUUGUCCAAACGGCUGAAUCAGAGUGAUAUGCAUCACAUCGAACCCCCCUUAAUGCAGUAUGCAGACUGGAGGGGACACAUGUUUCUUCGUGAAGAAGUGGCCCGGUUCCUGACCUACUACUGCAAGGCUCCCACUCCACUCAAGCCAGAAAAUGUAACCCUGCUCAAUGGCUGCAGUUCUGUCUUCUCAGCACUGGCCACAGUUCUGUGUGACCCUGGGGAGGCCCUUAUGAUCCCUACUCCCUUUUAUGGUGGAAUCAGCAACAGUAUCUACCUCUAUGGGAAUGUCCAGCUGGUCUUUGUUCACCUGGACAGCAAGAUCACAGAGACCAACACCCGCCCCUUCCAGCUUACUGUGGAGAAACUGGAGACAGCCUUGCAGGGAGCCAGGUCUGAGGGGGUGCGUGUCAAAGGUCUCAUUCUCAUCAACCCCCAUAAUCCAUUGGGGGACAUCUACUCCCAAGAAGAGCUGCUGGAAUACCUGGAGUUUGCCAAGAGGCAUGAGUUGCACAUCAUCCUGGAUGAGCUCUACAUGCUGUCGGUGUUUGAUGAGUCAGUCACAUUCCACAGCGUGCUGAGCAUGGACAGGCUGCCAGACCCUCAAAGGACCCAUGUCAUGUGGGGGACCAGCAAGGACUUUGGUAUGUCUGGGACCCGAUUUGGUGCACUAUACACAGAAAACAAGGAUGUAUCCAGUGCCGUGGCCAAGCUGGGCUAUUUGCAUGGCAUCAGUGGCAUCAUGCAGUACAAGAUGGCUCAGCUGCUGGGGGACCAUGAUUGGAUCAAUCAAGUUUACCUGCCAACUAAUCACUCCCGGCUCAAAGCUGCCCACACCUACAUCACGGAUGAGCUGAAAACCCUGGGCAUCCCCUUCCUCAACCGCAAUUCUGGCUUAUACAUUUGGCUUGACCUUAGGAGGUACCUCCACACAGGCACCUUUGAGGAGGAGCUGUCGCUAUGUCACCGUUUCCUGCAUAACAAAGUGCUGCUGUCCUGUGGCAAGGGUUUCCAGUGCUUCGAGCCUGGCUGGUUCCGUCUCGUCUUUGCGAACAAGGUCCACCAGCUGCAGUUGGGAAUGCAGAGGAUCCGGCAAGUGCUGGAGCAGCAGGCCCAGGAGCUGCAUCAGAAGUUAUCUGUGCCCAGGCAGCUUUUGGAGCAGGAAGCCCAGGCAGACAGCACCGAAGAGGCUGUGUAUGUCCCCAGGCAGCAGGGGCCACCUAGUGGGACCAACACGGGUGACCUAAUCGGGCUGCUUCAUCAACAGAUAUGCUCACCUGCCUGGCUGCAGAAAGGCUCCUUGGAGCAAUUGGCCCAGGAGCAGCCUGGGGCCUCGGAUGUGCUUCACAAGCUAGCCAGCAAACAGUAG